CCGCGCCCUGCACAUUGGAAGGAAAGCAUGGCACGGGGCCUUGUUUCCCCCAUAAAUACGCGCACACACACACACACACGCACACACAACUACAAGCUUCCCCGCGCCGCGCAUACAAAUCAUCCCCCCUCCAUCUCUUUCUCUCCCUCUCAUUUUCUCACUCACACACACCUCAGUGGAAGCCUCUCGCAUUCCCACGAGCGUACACGACGAGCGCUUUGGAAGAAGUGGAUGUAUCUCUCCGGCUCAGAGGAAUAAAGCACGCCGAUUUUUUUUGUAAUGCUCAGCGAUCUCCUUAAAACGCAACAGCUUGCUACUGAUUUCUGAAACCAUUUUUUUUUUCUUCUUUUUGUAACGUGAAAUCAAGUUUUUGGACGCGAACGGGAGUUUUACGCAUAACACAGAGCCAGCCAGGAGGGAUAUCAAGCGCUUCUGUGGUCUUUUACCGCGAUAAAACAAGGAUUAGUUCUCAGCUGGGGAAUUACUACCGGAUCGUUUAUGACUUUAAAUACGCAGAAUGUGUUAAAGGGUUUUCCUCCAGGCGUGCUUAGCGAGUCUCACCGCCCUCAUUGUGUUGGGCGCGCACACUCUCCAUAUGGCGAGAAACGUGUUCCGCGCUGAAUAAAGUCAUCAACUGACACGCUGAAACCUUUGAAAACGCAGUUUAAUCCCGGCUAACUGCCCAAAUAAUUCCCCCAACCCCUUAAACUGCUUGGAUGUCGGUAAAGACUGUUGCUGUUUCCAAACCCCGCACGGGAGCUGAACUGACUCCUGUCAUCCUGGUUUUCUCCGUCAUGGCAUUUCCCUGGAAGUAGCGCUCAAAGUGGAAGAUGACUCGUUACUUUCCUCCAGGUUGCAGCCGAAUCUCUCUGCGUGCCUGAUGGCACAGUGACAGUGAACACUCGGCUUUGGUUAAGUGGUUGCCAGUCGCUGGAUGUGCAGUAGAAGAUUAAAUUUGUUACCGCCCAAUGUGUCUCUGCAGGUAAAGUAUGACGGCAGCGGCAGGUGUGUUAACGGGCUUGGCCAAGCUAAAGCGCCAGGACUCCGCCCGCUCUCAGCAUCGGCCCAUACCACCAACAUCGCCGGGCCUGGGAAACCCCGCCCCCGAGGCUGCCCCAAGAAAGCGGAAGCGCCGCACAGAUGUUGUGGUGGUGCGUGGCAGGCUCCGCCUCUACUCGGCCUCGGGCUUUUUCCUCCUCUUGGGACUUGUCAUCUUGGCCAUAGGGAUCGGCAUGGCGACACUGGGUUACUGGCCUCACGGCAAAAACGUAGCCACUGGGGGAGGAAAUGGAGCCAGUAAAGAGAAGGACGUGGCCAACACCAGCCACGAUGUGCAAGGUACCCCUUCUAAGCAGACUGCGAGUGCUCUCAUGCGGUUCCUGGAACAACAUCUUCACUCUGAGAGGAUGAAGAUGCUCGGGCCCUUCACCAUGGGCAUCGGGAUUUUUAUCUUCAUCUGUGCUAAUGCAAUACUUCAUGAAAACAGAGACAGGGAAACGAAGAUAAUCCAUAUGAGGGACAUGUACUCCACCGUCAUCGACAUCCAUCGACUCAGACAGAAGGAGCAAAAACUACAGCAUCACCGCAGCAGCACCUGCGCAAGAGAGGGCGUAGACCUUCGGGCCUUCGGAGCGGAUGCCGCGGCGCGCUUAGCCAGCAACUCCCUACUGGGGUUUUCGGGGCGCGGCGUGGCUGGAGGAGGGUCUACAGAAGAGGAGGAGGUGCUGCUGGGGGACGAGGAGUUCCGGAGACACAGGGAGCAGGCUAAACUGGAUUGUAGCUUCGCAGGGCUGCUGGCGCCGCUCUAUAGGGAUCGCUCGUUUUGCGGCCCUGGGCUCGGGCUGGCUCACUCGGACUCGAUGCGUCACCAGUGGUCAGUGGAUGGGGCAAUGGACGGGGAGAAGGGGGGACACCAUGCGCGCUCCAUCGUCUCCUCCUCCAUCUCCGCGUUCACCCUCCCUGUUAUAAAACUCAACAACUGUGUGAUCGACGAGCCGGAGAUGGAGGCGAUAACCGAGGAGGACAGAGGAGGAGAGAGGAGGGACGGAGAAAGGUCGCAGCCCCUGAGCUCCAUGGAGUCUCUGGUGGUGCCCGUAGCAUCUGUUGCCAAGGCCACCAAGCCGCCCGGCUUACACCGGAGCAACUCGGCCUCUUCCUCCUCCCGCUGCUCCUCCUUCUCCUCUUCCUCCCUCUCCCCGGCUCCCUCCUCUACCUCAGGCUGCUGGCUUUCCCCGGGAGCGGCAAGGAGCGACUUCGGCUCCAACUCCUCCCUGCACAUGCUCAACAGCCACUCCAAGUCCCUGGACCUGGAGCGCGGGCCGAGCAUGCUCAGCGUGCGCCCGGAGCAGCGGAAGCACCCCAGCUGGCCCCGGCUCGACCGUAGCAACAGCAGCCGCAGCAACAGCGGCCAUCGGGGCAGCAGCAAAGGUUACACGAGGCUGGAGGACAGGGAGGAGCAAGGGGAGCGUCUCCUGGACGCCUCGCAGGCCGCGGCGGCGAGGCGCGACUACAGCAAGCGCGAGAAGCUGCUCAUGAUUUCGAGGUCGCACAACAAUCUGAGCUUCGAGCAUGAUGACUUUAACAGCAGCACACUGAAGAGAGGCAGCUCUGAGACGCGAUUCUGAAGGCACUGAACUGAAGCUGUCCUGUUCUGUAAAUUGCUCUCACGCACACGGUAUGAGUGUACAGUCUGUAUCAGAAGAAGCUGAGAAGCUUAACAGCUACACCCCUGGAGAGAGGAAGCUCGGGAAAAAAAAAGGGUUUCAAAGACAAUUUUGAGCAGCAGGUUGUAGUAGCAGUGAGUAAUGGACCAACGUGCACAGUGAAAGGUGUGCAGGCUGUGACGCCGCACGUCUCGCCCUUUGUACCCGGUCAGAGGUGCUGCUCUACAGCCGUACCUGACCUACGUGAAAGAAGAGGAUCCCUCCAGGGAUCGGUGCCACACGUCACAGUUUUGUACAAAAAAAAGUAGUUUUAAUUCAGUUUUAACCAGGUCCUGACUAUAUGUCUUUAUGAUCGACACUGCAAGAGGUUUCAGGAAUGCCUUUUUGUAUGUGUUUGAUUCCAGCAGCUGUGGUUGGAGUCAAGGACAUGCUGGAAGCUCUUCGAGCAAAUUUCUGCCUCAGUGACAGCACAUGAGGCAAACACAGUAGUAAAUAAAGGUCCAAUAAAAGUAAUAAUAGUACAUUUACAAAUUGCUUUAUAUGGCUGUACAGAAGACACGGAGACUGAGACGCACUUGAUACAGAGCAGACAUCAAAACUAACCUGAUUCAGAACCAGCCUGUAGUGUAUUGCCUGGUACAGAAAAUGAAUAGUGGCAAAGUGGCGUGACGUGGCUUUGAGGUUUUAAAGGAUAUAGAUUUUAGGGGUGAAGUAGCUGUUUUAAUGUUGAUUACUGUAUGGCUGUGUCAGUCUGAUCAGAGAGACACACUGUAGGUCCUCACGAAUGGAUAAAUGAAGAUAAAACCGGUUACUGCCCUUCCCCAAGAUCCAUGGUCAGAACGUAUGGGGACACAGACCAGUGGAUCAACAACCUUCAGUAUCUGCGGAACAACGCGUGGCUCCUGGUAUGAACUAAAAAGAACAAUAUCUAGUUAUAGCUCUGCUGCAGGCACUUUAAGGUUCUUUCAUAUUAGAUUAGAUUCUAAUUAGAUUUCACUCAGGAUAUGUAAUCUCUUAUUCAUAGGGUUAACGCCUGGUUCAUUAACCCCCACUCAUCUUAUCGAUCGAUGAAUUCUUUUGCUUCAACCGAUCAGUUAUUAACUGCUAAAAAUGUGCCGCGAUUUCUUUCUGCCAAUACUCAACGUGUAACAAUGGGUCUUUUGCUGUGUUCAGAAACAUCACUUAAUCAUUUUAAGUUUUAACGACAAAUGUUUAGCUCUACAGGAGUGAAUGAACCCAAGCCCAUAAUGAACCACCAUGUCCUUUGCUGUGUUUAUGAAUCCAGGGAGCUGUAACAAUGAAAUGUGAGCCAUGUUGUUUACUACAUUUAACAUGUGAUGAUGGUUUCAGGACUGAAUUCAGGAAUUUGUGCGACAGGUGCAAGUGAGCUGAUAUGCUGCCUCCAUAUUGCUCAGUAUGUCUGUUCUUUUUGGUUUUAAAAAGCGUCCUCAACAGUUUUUUAAAUGUCAUUAGGAACAUGUUACCAUGUGAAUGGUAGCACACUUUGUUAUCCUGGGGUCUAACAUUAUGUGUGUGUGCGUGUCCACUCAACACCACACACAUGUUGAAGAACUCCUCUCAUGAGUGCAGGAAUCUGGCUGGAGACAAAUGUCAUCCUCCCAAAAAUAAACAGUAUUUCCACUGAAA